GACAAAAGUCAGAAAUGGUCAAAUGAUCCUAACAAUACUGCCCAAAAGAUAUUGUGAAAUUGUAUUAUUACGACAAUCAAAACCAACGCAAUUUCUACUGAUGGCUCCCACAUAAAAGUGAUAUAGAACACUUCCUGUUAUAGAGCUCGUGUUUUAUAGGCCCAUAUAAGAAUAUAUAUGGGGUAUAGAUCUCUCCAACCUUCAUAUCUAUAAAGGUCUUUGGUUCUUCUGAUAAAAUAAGACAAAUAUUCUAUUUUUCACUUAGAAACACAUAAUAUUGUACAAAAAUGCGUUCUACACCGGGAGUUCUUCAUUUUCUUAUAAAUUUUUCAGUUUCGGUGAUAUUGGACCGGGCUGUGUAAAUUUUCUAUAGUCAAAUAUAAAGCUGAUCAUUGUAUGUAGAGUCGAAUUUCCGUUUUUUUUUUUUAAACUUAUUAGAGAACAUUUUUGUUUACCAUUUUCCCGCAUUGGAAGUCAUUUACUGAUUUGAUUUGCUGUUUCUAGAUUGUUAAGUCUGCUGUCAUAUGCAAUAUUUGCAUUUACAUAAUAAUUGUUAUGAUUACUUGUCAUUUAUCCACUGUAAAAGGAGAAGAGGAAACGUUGUUGAAUAGAACCUAACCUAACAUGAAAGAGAGUGUUAUUUAAAAUCAGUGUAUUCAUUAUUAAUAAAGUUAUUUUAGUUUAAUACAUCCGUGUGUUCGUAAAUUCACAAUAAUAAUUACUCUUAUUACCUCUACAACGUCCCCCAAAAUAUUUUUUGGGGUAUAUAAAGAAAAUUUUUGUUUUUAAAAGUUUUCUGUAGAAAAUGGCAAUGCUGGAAGAGCUGUACAUUAAAAGCAUUCGAAGUUUUGGCGCCAACGAAGAAAAAAAGGUACAAUUUUCAACACCAUUGGUGUUAUUUCUAGGUCAAAAUGGUUCUGGGAAAACCACAAUAAUUGAAUCCUUAAAAUAUGCCUUGACAGGAGAUCUGCCUGAAGUUAGUGGUGGUAGUGGGUUUGUUAAUGACCCUAAACUUUCAAAUAAAAGUUCAACCGAAGGUUAUGUGAAAGUUAGGUUCAGAGACUAUAAGGGCGAUUAUGUUACAGUGAGUAAAUUUGUGAAAGUUGAGGGAAAAGACAAAUUAAAUUUUAAAAGUUCAAAUCCUUCAAUACGCUGGGAGGAUGGACAGCAUAUUAAAGAACCUCAAAAUAUAACUGGGUGACAUAUAAAUAUAAACACUUACUGUGCUCAAAAACUAAAUGUUUCGAAAGCAAUUAUCAAGAACGUAAUAUUCUGCCAUCAAGAAAAUGCAGCAUGGCCUCUUGAUGAAGGACAAAAAUUGAAAAAAAAAUUUGAUGAGAUUUUUGGCUCAACGGAAUAUAACAGAUGUGUGGAUAGACUUAGACAAGAAAUAAAAACACAGAAGGACAAUAUUAAUGUUUUAAAAGAACAACUUAAAGGUAAACAACAGUUAAAACAAAAUGUUGACAAGAUUAAAUCUUCACUAGAGGCACAGGAAGCACAAGUGGAAUUAAUUAAAACACACAUUGAUAAAAAAAAUGGGUAGAUUGAGUCAUUGGAGCAACAAAUUCAGAAUAUUUCAAAACUUGAACAGGCCUUGGGCACAUUAUAACAGGACUUAUCUGCCAAGGAAAAUUACUUGAAAGGUAUAGUUUGUGUAUUUUAUAAUUUUUUUGAUAAUCUGACAAAAUAUGUUAAACAAAUUCAAUCAAUAAAUGUAAAAUCUAAUCCUAUUGGAUUUGUUAAUUACUGUUUACUUGGUUGUUAUUGCGGGAAAAUGUUUAUAUAAAUUACAAUUUUAAGUUUUAAUUUUAAAACACUACAAAUUGUCAAAUAAAAAACAAACGUUUGGCAGAACAACACAGUUUGUGAGUAGUGCUUAGUUUAAGUAAUUUUUAAGCAGGAGAUUUUAUAAUGACUGGCCUCCUUACAAAAGAAAAUAUUUCUUCCCUUGCAUUUGAGGAAAUAUGCAAGUUGUGUUUAUAGGAACAUGUAAAUAUUGAAACUCAGUUAUUGCUCUUUCUAAGAUAAAAAAUUAAGGGUGUUGUAUUUGAAAAAAAAGUUUUUCAUUAUUAAAUUUUGGUGAAAAUCCAGCUGUAUGAUAUCCACCAUAUUUUAUUAGGUUAAUAGGCGUAAAUGUAAGAAAUGGUGCCUUCGAGAAAGUAGUUAUAAACUUUGUUUCAACCACAGCCAGAAACCGGCUUGGAACUGUAUAUUCCUGUAACUCAGCUGAUUUUUUGAUACGAUUAACGUUUUUAGCCUGACAGAAAAUUUCAGUUGAAUAACAGGAAUUUACAGUUCUGACCACGGUUGGAACAAACCUAUUAAAUUUUACUUAGGCGGCGAUAAUGGUUUUUAUUUUUUCGAUUGAGAUAUGGCAACUCUAUAUUUGAGUACAAUUUCCAGGACCUACGGAUAGAACACUUAACGUCAAUAAUCUGUUUGAGCUUCAUAUUUGAAUAUCUGAAAAGGUUUUCAAAAUUAGAAAAAAUAUAAUUUGUUCCGAGGUUAUCGCCAAAACAAAUUAAGAAAUUGUUAAAUGUUUUGAUAUAAUUAAAAGGUAAUUAAAACUUUUUGACACACUUCCACAAUUAGAGCGGGAAUUUUUGACACGAUGUUAUCGAUGUAUAAAGAAAAACAAGAGUUUAGUUCUAGGUACUUACUAGAUUAAAAUUUUAUUGACCAACUCCAAAGUCGGUUUUCAGUAUAUAGAUAGAACGAAUUUUUUGAUGUAGCAAGCAAGUUUUUAUGC